CUACAGUCCAGAUCUUUGCCUUAGUUAUGCUACCUCUGUAGGAUUUAGACAAGAAGAUCUUGCAUACAUAAAAGGAGAAAAUCUGGAGUUCAGAGGGAAUGGUCAGAGUUUACAGUUGUGGCAGCCAUGAGAACUGAUCGCCCAACACUAUAGAUUCCUUGAAGAGCUUCAAACUGCCUUUGAGUCCAUUGUCUGACUGCACAUCAAGAUGGCAAAGGAAAAGCAUAAGAAUUCAAAGGCAGAGGAAGAAGAGGAGGUGGAGGAGGAUGAUAAAGAGGAGAUGACAGACUUGAACACAAUCUGCUCUGAAAGCACUUUUGAAACUGAAAACCUAGAGGUGUCUGCGGGUGUUGGACAUCUGACUUCAGAGGGUGAAACCAGCAGGCUCCUCCCGACUGAAAACAGCUGGGUGGGACUGGAUGACUCCCAUCCCGUGACCUGCACAUUCACAGUCUCACUAGCCAUCCCUGCCCUGCCUGCAGGACAAAAGCAGAAGACAUCCAAUCCCCCUGGUAUGCGAGGAGAGAGAAUUCAAGUUGAUGAAUCGGGAGCUCUUCCAAGAAUGCAACGUUACUAUCACAUUGAGUACUUCCUUCUGCCAGAUGACCUCGUACCUAGAAAACUGGAUUUCGUGGUGUUUGGGGUGGCUGCAAAGCUGUUUACAGAAUCUGAUUCCAAGGCUGUUACACCGUGGUUUGAAAAUGACAAGAUGUGGGUAUCAUGGAACCAUAGUGUGGAUAUCAGUGUCACUAAUGAAUAUCUAAUAAAACUAAGAGAUCACAAAAUAAUUUUAAAGAUCUGGGAUACCAAGGACAAAGUUUCCUCCAAAGCGAAGCUUAGUAAACCAAACAUCAUUUCUUCACUAGAAGGGGAUGAAGAGGCUGUUGGUGGGGUAAAACAUACAGUGCUAUUGCAAAGAAAAUACUUAGAAGAGAGUCAGCCAGCACCCAGCUGUACAAAAAUCAAAGCAGCAAAGGAAUCCAGGGCACAGGAGGAGUCGUCAGCCCUUCCUGUUGAAGGCUUAUUCAAACUCAUCCUCGACACGGAAGUGAAAAGCAAUCCUCAAAACACAGAAAUGCUUACUAACAAAUAUAAAACCUGUUGUAACUCAACAGAAGAAACUGAUCUGAAUGGGCUAGCAACAUCUAAUUGUGGUUUGCCACAUCCAUCAAAGACAGAUGACUUACGUACAGUGAGAUUUCUGGACAAGGCCCGACUUCUGAAGCAGAAAGCAGUUGCUGGUCCCCCAGUUAAUUCACCUUCAAAAGAAAUUAAGAAAACAAAUGAUAACGUGGGAAUUGUGACAUACAAAGCAGACAAAACAGCCACCACAAAUGGUAGAAGAGGUUCUAGUCCUAAAAGAAAUAUUGGUGCUACUGCAGCAAAGAAAUAUGGCAUUGCUUCACUGCAGUUAGAGCUCAUGCCUCUCCUCUCAGGAGAAAAGUCAGUGAUCAGUCGUCUAGCAGAAAACAAUCCUAAAGUUUUAGAAGCUUAUGUGACUUUCACUGUGGAAACACCUCUUCUGUCUGAAAGACAAAGACAUGAAUUGAAUCCACUGAUUAUAAGGAUUAAUUCGGCUACCUGCCUCCCAAACACACCUGUACCAAUAGAAGUGCUGCAGAGAUUAUGUGUUCCCACCUACUGCAAAUACAAAUUUCACAACUUCCCACCUCAUCAAACUCAUGGACAAAUCCAUGGAACUCACGUCUACUUUAAGGAUGUUAAUGUACUUCUAACAGGGACAAUGAGACCUGGGGAAUUACAGAGGUACCUUAGAGGUCCGCCUUUGGAGAUUGAAGUUCAUGACCGGGAUAGAAACAUGGAAAAUGACACAAAAAAGCCAUGUUUGUUUGGGGAGGAUGAAGCUGAUGAAAAAGUGGGUAAGGUGAGCUUCCUUGCUUGCACAUCCACAGUCUGUAAUUCUUCUACGAAGAACAAAGCGUGGCAUCCACAUGGGGUAGCUAAAGUCAGUCUAACUGAUUUACUGUUGGGUAAAAAGUACUUGACUAUCAGUGCUCCCAUCCAUAACUGUUCAGCUCCAAAUACAUCUGCUUUCAGUGAGGAGGAUAAAAAUAAGAAAAUAACAGAAUCCAUGAGUAGUUCUUCCCUGCUACCUAUGGGACAUUACCUAGAAUCAGACUCACUUUUGAAAGUAAGAGUGGAAAUAGCUGUGCCAUUGGGAAUGCACACAGAAGCUGAUGAUGCUCAAGUCACAAGUUGCCCAUACGGUUGUAUAAUCUACAUUUUUGACUACAAUAAUUCAUUGUUAUUACAUGAUUUGGUGGAAGAGAUUACAGAAAUCAAUGCUAAAGCCCUCCAGCUGGGCUGCUAUCCUGUACACUUAAUGGGAAUGGCUCUUGCUGCAUUAAAACUGAAGAUCACACUUGAGAAAGUUUCUGAGUUGGAUAUUGUUACUGGUUUUCACUUAUUGGAUGGAGCAACUCAUCUCUUUGUCUUGGAGGGAUUAAAAGACAAAGCAAUCAAGAAACUCUGGGAUAAACACUUUGAAAGGGCUUACAGACAGGAAGAUGGACAACUGGAAAUACUAUAUAACUCACAACUGUCUUUCCAUCAACGCCUGUAUACAGACCUGGAAGCUAUCUUUUAUCAUUUCCGCCUCUGUAAGCCCCUCUUCACUAUAACAAAACAGCCUCUGCUUUAUGUCAGAGGUAUGGUUCCUUGGGCGUGUUUCCAAGCCUUGUCCAGGCUCAGUUACCUCUGUCACAGUAAGAGGUUGAAGGACGUAAUUCAUGGGGAUCUGCUGCCCUCAGCAGAGAUGAUCACAGUCUUGAGUCGCGAGUAUGGAGUUCCCCUAACUGAUGAGGAUCUCUUCGCUCAGAAACCUCCUUUACUCUUGGUUUCCUCUGAUGAUUACACAGUACCAGGAAAAGUUAACGAAGUGAAACAGGCAGUAUAUUCUUCAUUAGAUAACUGCAAUGAAAUGCGUGUGCAGCGGAAGAAAGAAAUAGCAGACAGAAUGUCUUUUGAGAGAAACCAUAUUAGGGCUAACAUUGGUGCUGUAUGCCAACUCAAAGGAAAGAUGAAAAAGCCAAAGUUUGAAGCUUUCAGGAUUUCCCCUGCUGAUGGCAAAUCUGUCUUUAACUACAGCUCUCAGAGCCUGAAUUCUGCAGAACUUGCAAAGAAGCAUCUUCGCCAGGAAAUGGCAAAGGAACCACAGAACAGAUUCACUUAUUGUCAUGACUAUCUGUCAGCCACAUUUGACCCAGUGGAUGUGGUUGCUGCCUGUAAGGAAUCCUUUGCAAAAUCCAAGAGUAUGUGGCUGUCACCAGAUGGAUUUGUAUUUCCUGGAUUUAAGAGCAGCGUUGAAAGCAACCUGCACCCUCGGAGGCCUGAUAAGGCACGUCUGGAGGAGCUAAGUGAGAAAUGGCAGGAGAAUGCUCUGCAUGCUAACAUGGAGCCAGUGCUGUCACGAGAUAGAUGGAGCUGGGACAAACGGCACGUUGAUUUUGAUCUUUACAAGAAGCCACCUGAGCUCUUCAUGACAACAGCCCCACGGACUGAUGCUAAGCAGAUUCUGCAAACUAUGUAUGAUGAUACCAAGCUGAAAGCUCACCGGCGCUCCACAGCAGCUGAGUUAUCCACCCGUGGGCCAAGGGCCAGGUUUCAGCUACAGAAGCUCCAAGGACUUCUGAAAGAUGAACCUCGGGAAUUCUCACUCAGGAGGGCAGGACUGGUUUUGAAGGCUUCCUGUACCUGCUUCAAAUGCUGGCCUGCCUCUCAAACCGUGUGCUUUACUUACUGCUCCGCCGUCCCAGCCCUGUCAGCGUUGGCCGAGCAGCCCCGUGAGCCCGGGAAGAAGAGCAGCUUUGUACCAGGUCCUGCGGAGCAGCACAGCUUCCCGUGGCACAAGAACGUUACCCCCGGCACAACAGAGAGCGUGAGAAGGGGGGGAAACUCCAAGGUGCAGACUCCAAGUUACUCUGCUAUGAACGUUUGUUUACAAGAGAGAACAAUCUGCAAGAGCAGGAGGACGCAGCACCAUCCUCACAACAGGAAGAUCCUCUCCAGAAUGAUACGCCAGAGCAAACUUAUUCUGGGUACAGCUACUGCGUGUCAGAGUUGGGAUGACCUCUUCACUCAACGCUGACUACAAGACAUUUUGGGUAAUAAAUGCACACACAGAAUCUGAAGUCUCAAGGCCAGUGAAGAUGAACGUUAAUCAAUUUGGCUUUGUCUAACAAUUAUAGCAAAUUUACUUGUCCUGUAGUGUAACUGUUACAUGACACUUUAAAUGAACUACUAUACAAUCACCUGUGUGUCAAAUGCUCACUGUACUGUCAAUAAAUUUAUUGAUAAAAUAUUGUUGUUGUUAUACAUUACUACUUAUUCAUGAUUUUAUGGAAAGAGUUUGGGAAGAACUGCAUGGUAUCAGCAGGUUUAGGAGAACAUGCAAAUUUGUAUUUCAUUCAUAAAUGUGUAUGUAUGUACGUGUUAAAGUAUUUUAAAUACUUUGAUAGCAUGCAACUCAU